CACCAGAUACAUAGAUUUAAAUUGAUAAUAAUAUCAAAAAUUUUAAGUGUCUAGUCAUGAUUUCUCGAUUUCGUUUAGCUUUCACUAAGGUGUCACAAUAUCGAUAAAAUAACUAUCGAAGGAAAGAGGUAUAUAAUUCUCAACCAAAAUGAACGAAGGAAGACGAAGAAUCGAAGACAAUGGAAACACAGCAUCGUUCUUGUUAUCAAAACAUGCGGAUUAUAUUCCGGACGACCAUCGAGUCAAGGUUGUUAUCGUUGGUAGCGGUCCCAUUGGAGUUGCUACUGCUAUUGCCAUACUAUUUAAGCGUCUUGCCUCAGAACUGGUCUUCAUAGAUACAAAUGACGAUCUUGCCAAAGCGGAAGCAGAAGAUAUUGGACAGGGUGCUGCUUUUCUAGGCAAUCCGAAGAUCUUCGGAAGUAAAGAUUAUGCCUCGGCGAGAAACGCCGCGGUAUGCGUGAUCACAUUGGGCGAUAAAUCGCAAGCGAAUCAAGAUCCCGCAGAACUACUCGAGAGCAAUUUAAGUACCUUCAAAGUGGUAGUACCUAACGUAAGCAAAUACGCGCCUAACAGUGUCUUGGUGAUCGUCACCAAUCCAGUCGACAUAUUGUCCAACGUAGCUAUGAAACUUUCUGGUUUCCCUCCGAAUCGUGUCAUUGGAUUGGGAACGUUCUUGGACAGCUGUAGAUUUCAAUAUUUCAUAGCUAACAAAUUGGGAGUAGCUGCUAGUUCGAUUCAAGCUUCGAUCAUAGGAGAAAAUGGAUCGUCAUCUGUACCGAUUUGGUCCGCUGUUGGAGUAAUGGGCAUGAAACUGAAGGAUAUCAACAAAGAGAUUGGUACCAAGACUGAUCCUGAAGCUUGGAACGAAUUGCAUAUUAAAGUUAUUGACGCUGAUAGCGACAUCAUCUCUGGGAAAGGUUAUUGUAACUGGGCAGUUGGAAUCUGCGUUAGUGAGAUCGUUGAUGCUAUUGUGAGGAACACGUGUAUCUGUAUUACAGUGUCGACCUAUCUUAAGGGUUGUCGUCAUGGCUUAGACAAGGAUGUUUAUAUGUCCUUACCUUGUAUAAUCGGUCGUAAUGGUGUACAAUCUCUCGUUAGAUUCCUCUAUACAAAAGAAGAACAGGAAUUGAUGGAAAAUUCGUGUCGUAAGAUCUAUGAGAUGCAGAAAUCAACUAUGGAAAAUCUUUUUUAA